AGUUUGAGUUGGGUUUAAACGCUAGUUGUCAGGGAUGAGUGAGCAGAAAAGGUGAGAAGAAUUCAGAGAGAAAGAGAGAGAUGGAGGGAGAAAAUGGGAAUGGAGAUGAGGUGGUAGCAGGGCCUUGCUUGAGUGGGUUCGUGGACGAUGGUAGCACAGAGAGUCACCGAUACUUCCUGUCACGCAGAACCGUUCUGGAGAUGCUAAGGGACAGAGGCUAUUCCGUUCCCUCCUCCGAAAUCGACCUCUCUCUUCAAGACUUCCGAUCCCUUCACGGCCAAAACCCCGACGCCGAUCGCCUCUGCUUCUCCACCGUUCAUUCCUCUGACCCUUCUGAACGGAUGCUGGUCAUCUACUGUGGGCCUGGUAUUGUGAAGGUCAAUGUCAUCCGCGGGCUGCAUAGUCAGAUUGCUAAUAAAGAUACUUUGUCCGGGCUCAUAUUAAUUCUUCAAGGCCAAAUAACAAGUCAAGCUCUAAAAACUCUGGAUCUUUAUCCAUUUAAAGUGGAAAUAUUCCAGCAUGUCUUGAAGCCACAGCAUCAGGUCUUGACUGAACAAGCAAAACAAGCUCUCCUGAAGAAGUUUAACAUUGAAGAAAAGCAGCUUCCUCGAAUUUCACAAAAGGAUGCAAUUGCAAAGUACUAUGGACUUGAAAGAGGUCAAGUGGUGAAAGUUACCUACUCCGGUGAUAUCACUAAAGGACAUGUUACAUACCGUUGUGUUUGGUGAUGCAUUUUCUUUGGUGCACCUUGAUGGAACAAAUCCUCUCUAGUUUGUGUGUGGUGAUAGUAGACAAAUUAUGUUGAUCAUUUUCUGUCAUGUGGGUGAUAGUAAGUUCUAUCGUAGUAAUUAUCUGUAGUGUAAUGUUAAGUGGUUUUAUGAACUAAUACUGUUGUGGUGUUGUAUUGUGAAAUGCUCGUAUCCAUGAGCGCCAUAAUAGGGACUUGGUUGUGUUUCUUCAAUCUGUUUCAUACAGGCUGUAGGACAUCCUGCCCAAUAGUGUUCUUAAUGACUGUGACACACGUGCGGACGCAUCUCUUGCAAGUUCUCGUGUGGACUAAUCACAGCAAGAUUCGUCAGUCCAUGUAAUCUGCCUCUGCUACAUUC